AUGGGCAAGCUCAGAAGUCCCACCUCUCCGCCCAGUCGACGCGCGCCAAACGCGUUUCCACGCAUGGACCCUCCACCGCCUUAUGACGCAUCCUCGCGGUCGUCCUCCGCACAUAGCCUUGACCCGUUACAAGCACCAGAAGCAACGCCGCCCCAGCGACAGAGUCAGCAGACGACGACCCUACCGCAGUCGGAACCAGGGGAGCAGCAGCAGCAGCCCUCACGGGAAGCGGACGACCGAGACCGCAAGACAAAGGUCGAGGAAGGCUGUAUGACAUUCGGCGAAGGCGCAUCAGGGUGUAUGGUCGUCGGAAAGAAUGCAGAAGGCUGUCUGAAUUACGGCGAUAACACCAGUGGAUGCAUGAGCUACAAGUCCAGAGACGGAUGUCUGCUUUUCGAGGCAACAGGUGGCGGCUGCCUGAAUUUCUGGACCAACAAGCAAGGCUGCUGUCAAUGCGGCUGA